AUGGAUAACCCCGCGCCUACAGAGACACUCGAGCAGGUCCAGACGCGGCAUCGUCGUGAGCUCAAGGAUCUGCAAGGUCGCAUAACUGGCAAGAAGAAGAACGCGACUAAGAAGACGCGCAAGGGCGUCAAUGACGAAUGUGCUGAGUUGGAACGCCAGCUGCGUGAGAAGCAAGCCUCAGAGAUCGCCGCCCUGGCUCACAGCGAGGAUAACAACGACAACGACGAACAAGACGAUGUCGCUCCUGAGAUCAGUAGUCAGGGAGAGGAAGAUGAGCUCGCCAAGGAGACUGAAAAGCUUAGUGUCUCGGAGCCGGUGGAACAGCAGCAACAACCUGGGAAGAAGCGCAAUCGCCAGAAGGAUAGACUCGCUCGUCGUGCUGCCGAACAAGAGGCCGAGGCGCAGCGUGCGGAGGAGGAAGCAUCUAACAUGACAAACCACCGAGCAAAGGAAAGCGAAUUCAUGAAGGCGACUUUCGAGAAGAAUGGGUUGGUGGAGAAAGACAUCGCGCCUGAUGGGCACUGUCUCUUUUCAGCGGUGGCAGAUCAGCUCGGACAGAACGACAUUCCUCUGGGAGACAGUGAUACACAGAAAGAGCCGGCCUACAAGACGGUGCGGCGAGUAGCCUCGAAUUACAUGUUGGAGCAUGGAGAUGAUUUCGCGCCAUUCCUUGAGGAGGAUCUAGAGGGAUACGCUCGCAAGAUGCGAGAUACUGCUGAAUGGGGUGGCCAGCUCGAGCUCAUGGCUUUGGCACGACAGUAUAAGGCGGAGAUCCGCGUUGUGCAAGAUGGACGCCUCGAGCGAAUUGGCGAGGAAGAGGGAGCCGAGUCGGGCAAGACGUUAUGGCUGGCAUACUACAGACACGGCUACGGCUUGGGAGAGCACUACAACUCUCUCCGAAAGGCACCAUGA